AUUUCUCCCCCGCAUUCGCACAUGUCGGUGGAGACCAGCGGUGGCAUGCAACCACCACAGGACCUAGGGCCCCUAGGCAUAGCUUUUUUGCCACGAGAGAUCUUUUGGAUGAUCCUGAACCAGCUUCCGCCCAAGGAUAUCGUCCGUUGUCGCCUUGUCUCCCGGUCGUGGAAUGAUGCGUUUGCAAACCCCGACAACCUCGUCCCGCUCUUGAAGCAGCUCUUCCCAAGGGCAAAGGGGGUGAGGGAACAUCUUCGUGAAGGCUCAUUCGAUGAACUGGUGGCAUGCGACGACCCCGGCAAAUGGCGCAAGCUCUUUGACCAGGUAGCCGCCAGGUAUGACCAUCUCAGCCGCGGCAAGCCGUGGUCCGUCCAGAGGUACAAACUUUGCGAUGAGUUUGGAGUCACUGGCGAAAGGGAGUGGUUCCAGGUGCAGCCCUGGGACAACCAUGCCAGUCACUUGAUGCAGCGUGUGGACUGCCCCUUUUCGGAAUCGUUCUGGACGUACGAAGAUGGCCUUCUGGUCUAUCCCAGCGCUGAUUUCUCGUGUCUAGUUCUCAUGGACCUGGAUAACGAUAGAAAGUUUAUGGUGCCGUUUAUUAUCACAGGAAAGGUGAUUCGACGCAUCAGGCUGCAGAAGAGAGUACUCGUGGUCGAAUGGGCUGAACCGAAAGCAUUCCAUUGGCUGAAUGAUAGCGACGGGGUGCAUCGUCACUUUGCGUCGUCCUUGGAUGUGAGCUGGGCCGAUAACGGCUGGCGAAUCACCUUUCGAAAUGAGUGGAAGAUCAUGUUUCUCGGACACCCUUUGAGCGAGAGAGAUCGGUUUUAUUCCUCCCACAGCCAGACACACUACGUCAUCUACAUUUGGCAGCCCAAUCGCAGUUUAUACACCGCUGACGAGGAUGCUCCCAUCGAGUCACUGUCGGUGUGGGACAUAUCCAAACCAUCCGAUUACCGACCUUCCUUGGAUCCGACAGGCCGUGGGCGCGAGGACGCACAAGACCCGGGUCCCUCUAUUAUAACACGCCUGGGGUUCAGAGAAUUGGGAUUCUAUUCAGUCCGACAGCGCGGUCUCCCAGGAGUCCAGUGCCUGCACAUUACGGACGAUGAUCGAUCGAUCGAGAUCGUCCAGAAUUUCUGCACGGGCCCGAUUGACCGUCUUGUCGGUCCUGCUGAGUGGGUAUCUCAGGUGCAGGUCACUAGCAUCCCAUUGAUCGGUGACGGGCCAUGCUGGCGACGAUUCGCUGACGUAGCGCUUCCUCCCUACCGUGGAAAUGGGAGCUUGCAGACAAACCCUCUUAGCUUUGCCAUCUGCAACGAGCCUUGGUAUACCAUCGUUUCCGAAGCAUAUGACUCCGAAGCUGGCGUGGGCUUUUGUCUUCAUUUGUCCCCGGCUGCCUGGCCGUUCGACCUGAACACGUCCCUCAGUAUUCGGACACCUUUCUCGGCCAUCACCCUCAAGCAGGAAGACAUAUAUGAGCUAACAAAUAAAGGAAUGAUAUAUGGAAAUGAGAGAUAUCUGGUGGGCGAGAAUGGAAACCGUGAACUAGUGAUUUACAGGUUCGACAGGCAGUGAUUAUUGCUAUUGCAAUGAUGACACCUGCAUUUCACACAUGACCACUCGACAUCCAUGUUUGGCCGGGUUGAUAUCAACCAAACUGCCAGAACGUUUCAGACCACUAUAUGGCAAAUGGUCUCAUCUACUCAGAAAACCCACCGGCUCAACAUUACCCCAGUGCGUCUCUCUCAUCGACCAUGGCGCUCUUCAUGCCCCGGCCUACAACUCAGGGAGAGGCGACUCCAGGGAAUGACUUCCAUCCAAUCACUAGUAUAAGGCCGGAUGUGUUCACGUUCGUCAGCAUUGAAAUUCGGACUCGAGAUACAGCUGUAUUCUCGACACCACUUCAACUUGGGCCUGAACACGCUGACAAGGUGAUACAUAUGCAUCAGAACCUUACAUUUGAGCUCACAGAUCGGAGGGGAGACACCUCUUAGCCCUCCAAGAGAUCAAGCCACCACCCAAGCAGUGCUAAUAGUCAACGUCAUGUCAACCGAAAGCAUUGUAUAUAUUAUGACUGUGGAUUUCCGGCCUUAUGAUACCCUAUAGUAAGGAGCUGCC